AACAGAGCACCAAGGCGGCACGAGGUUCGGAGCAGUCAGACAGGACGGAGCUUCACAGUUACCGGAGUCAAACUGACACCGGAUCAGCUGAGAUGACUCACAAUGGAGCGAGUGAAGAAACGCGUGACUGAGUUUUCACUGGAGGCUCACGAUCUGUAUCUGAGCCCAUCAGUGCAGUACCUGGAGGAGCCACCUGACCCGCUGCUGUUCUACCGGGACUGGAUUGGUCCAAACAAGCCCUGCGUCAUCCGGAACGCCUUCAGCCAUUGGCCGGCUCUGUCCAGGUGGACGCCAGAGUACCUGAGGGAGAAGGUGGGGUCAAAGGUCAUCAGUGUGGCAGUGACUCCUAACGGCUACGCUGACGCCGUCAACGGUGAUCGCUUUGUGAUGCCUGAAGAGAGACAGAUGACGUUUUCUUCUGUUCUCGACAUCAUUGAGGGGAAGGUGGAGGAGUGUGGAGUGUUUUAUGUUCAGAAGCAGUGCUCCAACCUGCUGGAGGAGCUGCCAGAGCUCACGGACGACGUGGAGCCUCACAUUCCCUGGAUGAGCACUGCGCUCGGAAAGUUGCCUGAUGCAGUGAAUUUCUGGCUCGGCGAGGCAAACGCCGUCACCUCCAUGCACAAAGAUCACUAUGAGAAUCUGUACUGUGUGAUUUCUGGAGAAAAAAACUUCAUCCUGCUGCCGCCCACAGACCGACCCUUCAUCCCCUACGGUGUGUAUCAGCAGGCUGUGUACCGUCAGCGGGAGGACGGUGAGUUUGAGGUUGUCGAUCAGAGCGAGUCUGAGAAGGUCCCAUGGAUCCCUCUUGACCCUCUGGACCCGGACCUGGAGCGGUACCCGCAGUAUCGGCGAGCUCGGCCAGUCCACUGCAGCGUGAAGGCCGGAGAGAUGCUGUACCUGCCGUCUCUGUGGUUCCACCACGUCCAGCAGUCACAUGGCUGCAUCGCAGUGAACUUCUGGUACGACAUGGAGUAUGACAUCAAGUACAACUACUUCCAGCUGCUGGAGUCGCUGUGUGACGUCACAGGGUUGACGUGACAUCACAGCAGCUGCACGACCUCGUGAUGGUGCAACACGUUUAGCAGUUAAGCUGUCAAAUCCGAGUCUGUUGGAUUUACACGUGUGAAUGAUAUUAACGCUCAUUAAACCCACAAUACGAGACAUCAGUGGUCAUUU